CCAGGCUAGCAGCCCCACUGGAGCCAAGCGCAGGGUCUGGGACGCAGUUGGGAGCGCAGAGGGCCGGCUGGGCGCCGCAGAGGCAGCAGCAGGCUGGCCAGGGCCUCCUGGGUGACAGGCCUUGCGUGGCCGGCUGGGAAGAAGUGACCAGAGACCAGCAGGGAAGAGACUGGACCUAGAGCAGGGGCGGCUGCCUCACUCGCUUUCCUGAGCCGAGGGAGCCAAGGAAUCUAGAGCAGCGUUUCCCCCAUCACAAAAAAAGACACUUGGUUUCCAGAGCAGCACCUUUAUGAGACAGCGCUGGGGGAAGGGGUCCUUGGAGCCUGGAGCAGCACCCUGCACGCCUUUCACUGAGGCCUCUGGGCCUCAGAGAGGACCCCGAGGUAGAAAGGAGGCCCGUUGGCUCUUGCUACCCACCCUGGGGAGAGAGGAAGUUCCCUGCCCGCCCCCAGGCCCAGGAGGAGCUGGGCCUGUCCUCGGGGGGUCCUGGCCCCUGAGGCUGCAGCAGCAGCCAUGUCCAGGCCGGGCCAAGGUGUGAUGCUGCCAGGGAGCGGGCUGGGGUUCCCACCGCAGAACGUGGCCCGGGUGGUGGUGUGGGAGUGGCUAAAUGAGCACAGCCGCUGGCGGCCUUACACGGCCACCGUGUGCCACCACAUCGAGAAUGUACUCAAGGAGGACGCCCGCGGUUCCGUGGUCCUGGGGCAGGUGGACGCCCAGCUGGUGCCCUACAUCAUUGACCUGCAGUCCAUGCACCAGUUUCGCCAGGACACAGGCACCAUGCGACCCGUGCGGCGCAACUUCUACGACCCGUCGUCGGCGCCGGGCAAGGGCAUCGUGUGGGAGUGGGAGAACGACGGUGGCGCGUGGACGGCCUACGACAUGGACAUCUGCAUCACCAUCCAGAACGCCUACGAGAAGCAGCACCCGUGGCUCGACCUCUCGUCGCUCGGCUUCUGCUACCUCAUCUACUUCAACAGCAUGUCGCAGAUGAACCGCCAGACGCGCCGCCGCCGCCGCCUGCGCCGCCGCCUGGACCUGGCCUACCCGCUCACCGUCGGCUCCAUCCCCAAGUCGCAGUCGUGGCCCGUGGGCGCCAGCUCUGGCCAGCCCUGCUCGUGCCAGCAGUGCCUACUGGUCAACAGCACGCGCGCCGCCUCCAACGCCAUCCUGGCCUCGCAGCGCCGCAAGGCGCCCCCCGCUCCCCCGCAGCCGCCGCCGCCGCCGCCGCCGGGAGGGCAGCCCGGCGCGCUCGCCGUGCGCCCCAGCGCCACCUUCGCCGGCGCUGCGCUCUGGGCUGUGCCCGCUGCCGGCCCAACCGAGCCGGCGCCGCCCCCCGGGGCGCCCCCGCGGAGCCCAAGUGCCCCCGGCGGCGCGCCCACCCCGGGACAGAACAACCUCAACCGGCCCGGGCCCCAGCGCGCCACCGGCGUGAGCGCACGCGCCUCCAUCCCGCCGGGGGUCCCCGCGCUCCCGGUGAAGAACUUGAAUGGUACCGGGCCAGUCCAUCCCGCCCUGGCAGGGAUGACCGGGAUCCUGCUGUGUGCCGCCGGCCUGCCGGUGUGCCUGACGCGGGCCCCCAAGCCCAUCCUGCACCCGCCGCCUGUGAGCAAGAGCGACGUCAAGCCCGUGCCGGGGGUGCCCGGGGCGUGCCGCAAGACCAAGAAGAAGCACCUCAAGAAGAGUAAGAACCCCGAGGAUGUGGUUCGAAGGUACAUGCAGAAGGUGAAGAACCCGCCAGAUGAGGACUGCACCAUCUGCAUGGAGCGCCUGGUCACCGCGUCCGGUUACGAGGGCGUGCUUCGGCACAAGGGUGUGCGGCCCGAGCUUGUGGGCCGCCUGGGCCGCUGCGGCCACAUGUACCACCUGCUGUGCCUCGUGGCCAUGUACUCCAAUGGCAACAAGGAUGGCAGCCUGCAGUGCCCCACCUGCAAGGCCAUCUACGGAGAGAAGACGGGCACUCAGCCGCCCGGGAAGAUGGAGUUCCACCUCAUCCCCCACUCGCUGCCGGGCUUCGCUGACACCCAGACCAUCCGCAUUGUCUACGACAUCCCCACCGGCAUUCAGGGCCCCGAGCACCCCAACCCAGGCAAGAAGUUCACCGCAAGAGGCUUCCCGCGGCAUUGCUAUCUACCCAACAACGAAAAGGGCCGGAAGGUGCUCAGGCUGCUUAUCACGGCCUGGGAGCGGAGACUCAUCUUCACCAUCGGCACAUCCAACACCACGGGCGAGUCGGACACCGUGGUGUGGAACGAGAUCCACCACAAGACCGAGUUUGGGUCCAACCUCACAGGCCACGGCUACCCGGACGCUAGCUACCUAGACAACGUGCUGGCGGAGCUCACAGCCCAGGGCGUGUCCGAGGCUGCGGCCAAGGCCUGAAGCCCGAGGCUGCCCACCACCUUCCCUCCUGCUUGGCCCCCUGGUCCGGCACUUGCCUCCCUCCGCCAGGUGUGUCCUGGCGGCCCAGGUUCAGGGCUGGGGAGGAGCCUGCGGAAGGAGCCAGAAGCAUUCUGGAGAUGUGGCUGGAGCUAGUUGGAAUGUGCUGGGAGGAAAGCAGGCCAGCCGGCUCCGACUUGUAGCUCCCCGAGAGGGUGGCGGAGAGAGUACCAGGAACCACAGCAACCUCCCUACCAAAAAGACAGAGCCCCACCCCCUCACGCAAACACACGUGUCCUGUUGAACACAUGCACGCACACCCACGUGCCUCUACUUACCCCCAGACUGGGGGGGAAGAGACAGAAGACCCCUGUGAUACUCCAUAUGGAUUCCCAUCUGUGUCUCUAUCACAUCAGUACAGGCUUGUCCACAGGCAGGAUUCAGGUCAAGCACCCCAGGGGACCGCUGGGGCUCCAAGGGGUAAGGGGCCCUUGGGAAGCUCAGCCUCUCCCCACCCCCCCAUCUCUGCCACCCAGUGAUGGGCAGUUGUGGGCCCAUGGGGUAGAAGCCCCAGCUUAGUCAGCAGGUUUGCAAAGGGGCAGGCCAGAGAGAAGGGCCCCCUCCUCGAGAGAGAGCCAGAGGGAUCUUAUUCUGUGCUGGUGUCUCCAUCUUCUGGGACUCUGACGUCCUUCUUCUCCCCUCCCAUCCCCAGGCCUUAUGUCUGUCCCAGAUAAAGGCACUGUUCUCCUUUCUUCCUCACUCCAUCCUCUCCACCAAAUGCUCCCAAAUGUCAAGAUCCAAAGACUGGAGCUUCUGGCUUCAGGAGCAAGACGAGGGGGCCUAGCUUAGGCCAGCAGGUCUAAAAAGCAGACCGGACAGCAAAGAGUCCAUUUUGCUUUCCUUGGGAGUGGGCAGUGGGGUGGCUGAUGGUCUUGGCCAACCAGGGGCCUGUUGCCCAGGCAACUCACCAGCUCCGCCUCUGUUGAUUGGCUGCCACGGUGGAAGUCAGCCAAGAUUUAAAGGGACGCCAGCGAUUGCUCUUUUGAAAACCUACCAGUCCCACUGUGGGUGGAGAAAUAAAUGGUCUUUCUCCUCCUCA